AUGCAACGAACCGCAGAGGCCCCUUUCGUGGCGCGCGCCAUGGCGGCUGGCCGUGGCGAGCUCGCCCGCGCCCCGAAACACGUGUCCAGCUUUUCUGGCCACACGAGCACCGCUGGGCUCGGCGUGCCGGCGCGCGCGGCUGCCCUGCGCCUGGAGCCCGUGGAGGGCUACGCGGGCCACGGCCGCCUCCGCGAGGAGUUCGCCGCGGCCCGCGGCGCCGGCGCCGGCCCCGGCCGCGUGGCUUCCCCCGCGCCGCCGCGGUCCGCGGGCGCGGGCGGCCGCGGGGUGCGCUUGGAGCCCGUGGAGGGCUACGCGGGGUACGGCCGGCUCCGCGAAGAGCCCGCCGCGGCGCGCGGGGCCGCGGCCCGCCUUCUCCGCGCCAGCAGCUCCCCGCGGCUGCGGCCGCCGUUCUCCCGCCACCUCUCGCCGAGCUCGGCGCCCUCCUGCGGCAGCGACGGGGGGGUGUGGGGCGGCGGGCGGAGCGGGCACCAGGGCUCUGACAGCCGCACGCCCUCACGGCGGUCGCCGUCGGUGUCCUGGCACGGCGACGGCAGGGAGUCGUGGAGCGACGGCACGGGGAAGUGCACGGAGCGUGGUUGCCGCCCCCCCACGGGGAGCAACGAUUCCAUCGACUCCAUGUCAGGACUCCCGGGCACGGGCGCCGACUACAGCCACCCUGCGGCCACCGCGGCCCAGCUUCAGAACCCGGGAUUGCGGGCGAGGUCGAGGCUGGUGAGCCCCCUGAUCGAGCAAGAGCUGCUGCGGCCGCGUGGGCUUGGCGCGCAAAGCCGUGGCUUAGAAGCCACGGUGAAUGCGAAGUUGCUCUGGACCCUGGCUAAUGCGGAGCUGGAGGUGCCAGAGCGGACGCAGGCGGACUUCCGCACGUCAUGCUCGGCGAUGCCAGGCUGCAUUGGCCAUGCGCCCACCGUCCGGCACAUGUCCAACCCGAAUACGGCUGGCGCAGGGUCCUUCCGGUGA